ACAACCCGCGAUACGCUGCAACACGGUUGAAUUUAAAUCUCUCUAAACCCAAUGUCGGUGGUUCCUACCUUCUUUAUAUAUGUAUCUCAAACGACCUGUUCAAGUUGGAUGAGACUAGACUAUAAUUAUUGGAUUCAGAGGCUUCCAGUUCUUAGAAUAAUAGCUCGUAGUUCUACGGCGUCGUUUCGUUCUAGGGUUUCGCAUCGUAUUCAAAUCCAAGUGCAUUAACCAUGUCAGGAAACUCAGAUUGCAAGGUUUACGUUGGUAAUCUGGAUGAGAGGGUGAGCGAUAGGGUCUUGUAUGAUAUAUUGAUUCAAGCAGGGCAGGUGGUAGACUUGUACAUUCCCCGAGACAAGGAAACAGAUAAACCUAAUGGUUUUGCUUUUGCAGAAUAUGAAUCUGCAGAGGUUGCAGACUAUGCUGUCCGGCUUUUCUCUGGCCUUGUGUCCCUCUACAAUCGAACACUAAAAUUUGCGAUAUCUGGGCAAGACAAGCCCUCAACUCCAAUGGCAACCACACCCACACCAAAUUCAUCUCAUAAAUCAAGAUCUCACCCCGUGCCAAUUAACAAUAUGGAAAUGUCUCAGCACUCUGGAAGUUUAUCAGAGCCAAGUUUUUCUGCUUGCCAAGUUAAUCAUCCUCAAGUGCCGGCCCCUCCAGGUGUAGUUAAUCAAUCUAAUGGGUAUGGAUCACAUUUCAAUGGCAACAAUUAUGAAUACAGUCGAAGAGUUUUGGGGGCAACGUUGGAUAACAUUAGCCAUUUUAGGUCACAGCGUUAUGAUUCAAGUAACCCAAUCUUCUAUACAUCGUACUGAUAAUUAUUAUUAGAUUGUUAGAGAUCCAACUCCCACCUUGGUGAGUUCCUGAUAAUUUAAUCAACAUAAGUAGUAUGGUUGUUUCAGGUGUGUAGAAAGGAUAGUGGAGGAUGCUAAAUUGCAGUUAGUUAAUUUGUGUUAUCUCUAAGCUAUGUUUGUAGGUUGUACCCAGUAUGUUUGUUUGUUUUUUUUGUUUUUUUUUCCCUUCCUACGCAUGGACUUAAUGAGUGUAGUUCUUUAUUUACCAUCUGAUGUUGUGGUUUAAUCUAAUAGUCAAAGUUACUCUCCUUCACUAGGUUGAGAUUAAUAUUUAGUAGCAAGCUUAUUCCGUUGAACAUGUAUGAACUUUUGAUGUCUUUGGUAUAUUAUUUAUCAAUUAAUGUGUACAAUUGUCGUACAA